GGAAAGGAUACCUUAACUUCCCUUCUCCGUAAUGCUAAUAUCCAAGAAAAACACGCAGGGGCUUAUAAAUGCACUGGAAUGAACAACAUUACCGGCUGGUCGAGUAAAAAAUCAGGGUAUACUGACCUGAACUAUCGCUGUGAGUCAUUUAAUUUCUUAUUUUUGAUACUACACACGGAUGCGCAAAACUACCUCCUUUGAAGCAGGUUCAUAAAAACAUAAUACCAUGUUUCUCCUGUAAGCAAUGGAAAGUAUCCCAUUUACACUAAGAGGGACAGCUCAUUCUCUCUUGAUUUAGACGGAGGUAAAUAUUGGGUAUUUCAUGUUUCAAAUAACAGGUUAACUUAUUCCUAACUGAAUUUAAAAAAAUGUAACGGAAAAUUUCGUUCCACCUUCCUCCUCCAUUUAGACUAAGUGGACGCUGGGAUUUUUAUUUGUUUACCCCCCGGGUCACAAGGGAUAAGUAAAUAAGUAAAUAAAUAAAUAAUGAUUUGGUGGCGCUAGCUCAUCUACAAAGUGGUUCUUUGUCUACCAAUCUGGCUCAAAUUUACCCUGCGCGGCUGGCAGGAUUAAAGUGGGAGUGAUGUGUUGUUUUGGUGGCAAUGGCGGAACAAGGGUGAGAAGCAACAAAACUCAACCUGGCUGGCCACAUAUGAUGUUGCCUGAGGAAUCAAGCACAGGACAGUCAUUAAUGAGGGAGGAGUGUUCUCAUCUGAAAUUCAGUAGAACCUGUAUAUAACGAAGUCGACGGUAUAAUUCACAAUUAUUCCACUUAUUCCACGAGUGUGCGUUAGAUAUGACAUGGUAGUUAGCCAACGAGGCGCAUAGCACCGAGUUUUCAAUAAUCAUCUCAUAUCCAACAAGCGCGAGUGGAAUAAUUAUUCUAUUAAAAACGCCGACAAAAUAUCGAGUAACCUUCCCGACUUUAUUUGUAAACCAAACGAUUUUCAUCUUGUUUUUAUAAUUUUGAGCAGACGCGUACAGUUACCAUAUUUGAAGAGCAUGGUAUAACGGCUCAUAUACCAUGAUCGUUAAGCCAAUCAAAGCACUAGAAUUGCAUUAUCCAAUGAUUCAAUUUUCAAUAAUAAGCGAUACUCUCCGCCCCAGAAAUAAUACAGUCAAACCCCGUAAAUCCCAACACUGAAGGGGCCGCACUAAGAAAGAGUCCGUAUUAGCGGGUUGACAUUAUUAAGCGGGUAGAAAAUGGAAGGGCUUUCUUUCCCCAGGGACAAAGCAAACUGUCCGUAACAAUGAGAUCUCUGUAUUGAGCGGGUUUCCAUACUGGAGCGGGGUUUGACUAUACAAUAAAUAGAAGGAACCUCGAUAUAACAAAACCUCUUUAUAGUGAGCAUAUUUUGCCAGUCCUUUGGGUUUUCGUUCAGCUGUUCGUUAUAUCGAGAUUCCAAUGUAAAGUGUUAUGUGAUUGUUAAAAAGAGAAAACGAGACCUCCAAUAGCUAUUGAAAUCAACCCUUAGUAGCACAGGCCAUAUUGGUGGGAGGUAAGAGAAGUGGGGUUCAUCCGAUCAACCGAUCGUUAGAGCGUCUUUAUAGACGGCGUGACGAGACAAGUCGCAAAGGAGGAAACCAGUGGGAUAAACGAAAUCAACACGUAAAAACUCCAAAGCGUUUUGAUGCCCCAUAAAUUGUCACAAAUACUCAGGAGGGGAGGGGAAGAGUAAGAAUGUUACCCCUUACGGUUGCACAAAAAAAUGGUAAUCAUUUUAAAAUAAUAUUUGCUCAUCAUAUCUUCUUAUCAUCUAAUACAGGUUUCUGGCCUAAAGCUCCGAAGAGAUCUCUUCCCCAGGUUUCGGUGACAGCCUACUCCAAUGUCAGUUUAAAGUGCGAAGUAGGUGUUAGGCCAAGCGACUGUUAUGACAAUUCUUUACAGUGGUAUUUUAACAACAACUCAGGGGAAUUAGAAUUGGGUGAAAAGUAUGAUAUACAAGAAAGGAAAACCAACACCAGAUGCAAAACAGAUUUCAUUCUCACCAUUAUUAACGUUACUGAAGUAGACGAGGGAAAGUAUAAAUGUCAGUGGCUCUGCGACGAGUACUACCCCGACGAUUCCAGGUCUUCAAUUAUCCAGCUGAAAGUAUUU